AUGAGGGGAAAACGAUCCAAACAGUAUCGCAAGCUCAUGGAGCGAUACUGUAUGACCUUUGGUUUUCGGGAGCCGUACCAAGUUCUAGUGGACGCCGAAAUGGUCCAAGAUUCCUGCCGGUUCAAAAUGGAAUUGGAACUCGCAUUACAAAGAACAGCCCAUGGAAAAGUCAAGCCAAUGAUUACACAAUGCGAAAUUAGGAAGCUCUAUGCGCGGAAGAAUGAACCUGGUAUCAGCGAGGCUAUCGAGGUAGCCAAGACUUGCGAGAGACGACGUUGCGGCCAUCACCCCGAUGAGUACCCCGAGCCGUUGAGUACGCUGGAGUGCCUUCAGUCUGUCAUAGAUCCCAAGGAUACGGGCGAGAAUAAGCACCGAUAUGUCGUGGCAAGCCAGAACUUGGAUUUACGGCGCAUGCUACGCGGAGUCCGAGGAGUACCUUUAAUAUACAUCAAGAGAAGCGUCAUGAUUAUGGAGCCAAUGUCCGAUGAAAGCGCUCAACUUCGAGCCCGAGAAGAGCGUAGCAAGUUUAGGGCGGGACUGAAGCCAACAGUCGGCAAGAGAAAGAGAGAAGAAAGGGACAAUGGCGACGAACAAGAUGACGACGGUAAAACUGAUGGCGACCAUGGAAGUAUGAUGGCAACUGGCGCCGAGCCGAAACCGCCGACGAAGAAGUCAAAGCGCCCUGGUCCGAAGGGGCCCAAUCCCUUGUCGGUGAAGAAGAAAGCUAAAAAGCAGCCGGAUGGGACGAGAAAACCAAAGACGACGGCUGAGACGGAGGAAGAAUUGGGCGAUGCGCCGGCCAAGCGGAAGCGAAAGAGAAAAUCCGAGUCAACGAAUGCUACCUCGGCAGGCGAAGGGGGCUCGGGCUCGGGCAAUGUACCCCAGACCGUCUCAAAUACCGAUGAAGGCUGA